GACCAUCAUCUAUGUUGAACAAAUAAACACAAAAGGCCAACAUGGCAAAAACGAUAGGCGGUAAAGAUGAAGUAGCACUUGCUCCAUCUAAGCCAAAAGGAUGGAUACAUUUUGUGGCAGGAGGCAUAGGUGGUAUGUGUGGAGCAAUUGUUACUUCACCUUUGGAUGUUGUCAAGACUCGAUUGCAAUCGGAUAUGUACGUCGAUCGUUGGAAGAAAGAGAGCGGCAAGGUCCAUAGUCACCAAGCUAAAGGAAUAAUACGAAAUGCAUUCAACACAAUGAAAAAGCUCGGAUAUCAUUUCGUGGAAACAGGUCAACUUCUAAAACAAAUCUCCACUCGAGAAGGCCCGAGAGCUCUAUUUCGGGGUCUAGGACCAACUCUUGUAGGUGUGAUACCAGCAAGAUCGAUCAACUUCUACACAUACGGUAAUGGAAAAGUAUGGAUAGCCGAUCAUUUCAAUGGUGGACAUGAAUCCUCAAGUGUCCAUCUAUGUGCCGCCGCUUUGGCAGGUAUCGUGACUGCAACUACUACGAAUCCGAUUUGGGUAGUAAAGACACGAUUGCAAUUGCAGCACAAUCAAGCACAAAAAGCAGACGAAGAAGCACGAAAGCGAAGUGUACGUAGCGUUCAGCCUACUCUGCAAGCAGCAAGUGCUUCAUCAAGGUCGUUCAGUACUUCUUCAGCUUCAAUGAAUGCGGAUCAAAAGAAGACUACAAAAGGAUCCGGUCAUUGGUCUACGAGAAUAUCUUCUACUCGUUCUCUGCCUAGUAGAGGAAUCUCAACACCAUUCACAAAUACCAGAUCCUUCUUCCAGUCACAGCUGCCGCCACCUAGACCAGGAAUCAACUCAUUCGGGAUGACGAUGCAAAUCAUCCGCACAGAAGGAAUAAAUGGCUUGUACAAAGGAAUGAGUGCAAGCUAUUUGGGUGUGGCAGAAGGAACAAUUCAAUGGGUUUUAUACGAACGACUUAAGCGAAUGUCUGCACCAAAGACAGAUUCGAUACAGCAAAGUGGCUUCUUCCGCUCCCCAGACGAGCCAAGCAGAGCACAAAAGUGGAUGAACACCGUCGGUGCUGCAGGAACGGCAAAGCUCGUUGCAAGUUUGAUCACAUAUCCACAUGAAGUGAUUCGAACUAGACUACGUCAAGAGCCUCCACCAGGACAGCCAAGAAAGUAUACCGGUCUCGUACAAACACUUCGAAUUGUUCUAAAGGAAGAAGGUGUGGUAUCCAUGUAUGGUGGAUUGAGCGCACAUCUUUUGCGUGUUGUUCCAAAUGCUGCCAUCAUGUUUGUCGUUUAUGAGACGAUGUUAAAUCUUAGCAAGAAAUAAGCGGCAGUAAACGAUCUUCUUUGUACUAUAAUUCACACCUGGACCACUCCUCUUAUUUGCACUCGUCUAAUACUUUGCAUGCCAAUGCCACCGCUUCAUGUAUGCCCAUGUACAAUACAAAUUAUAGAACCAAUACAACCACUCUUCAUC